GGCCCACUCGCGCAACACUCGUCACCGACCCAGGAUCAGAGCGUUUUUGUUUCUUCACCUCCUCAGCAGUAUACUAUAAGUGAAGCGUACACCACUCAGCCUCUGCCUGCCAAUCGUUCUGUUCCAUGGACCAGACGUGGUGAUCAGUAUACCAGAAGCGAAACGUACAGCACUCAGCCUCAACAUACCAAUCCUUACACUCCAGGGACCAGUGGCGAUGAUUCAUCCAACACUUACCUCAACAUGGCGUCUGUUAGCUUUCAGGAUCCAUACAAUGCUUCAUCAUCUACAUCUGUGAGAGGACUUACUCAAUCAGGAUCUCAGUGGACGCCCAUGGUUGGCAAUGAUAAUGAGGACGAAAUGAGAGAUGAAAAUGACGUGAUCGGCGAUGAUGAGAGAGAAGAAGAAGGCGAAGAAGAAGGAGGGGAGGAGGAAGGCGAGGCCAAUAUGAACUCAAAAUAUGAGCGGGAGCCAAUGGGACCGCAGGACAAGUUGAUUACCUCCAGGCACACCUUCGAACUCGACCCAAGAUACAAGAAGCUUAAUUCUGCAAGGUCUAUUCGAAGAUUCUUUAGACCCGGAAGGGUGUUUGCAGUCCUCUGGACGGAGCCGACGGGGAUCAGCGAUACGCUCCGCGACUUGGAAAUGGAGAACGCUUUUACGCAGGUGAGGUAUGGCGAGAGGGUCUUCUCCGAAAUCCGACGCUUCAUCGUCAUCCGAGCCUUUUCACACCACAGCUUGUGUGUUCCCAUUGCGACGUACCAACGACGCGGAACUCAUAAUCGGCCGGAUGCGGAUCAUCAUUCAAUCGCCUACGAGAAAGGUACAACACCAAUGCUGGUGGAAGGCGAGAGGUUGACGAAGUAUCCGAUACCAAUUGUGCUUCGAAAUGGUGAGUCGCUGGAGCCGCAGUCGCGAAUCAACUUCUCCAAAAUCUACACCGUCGAAAACAACGUGAAGGUAUACUCUAUUGGACAAGUUGACCAAAAAUUCAUCGAAUGGAUCAUAUAUUACACCAGACUUGCCAGUGAUUUGUUCGAUUUCUAG